AUGCGGAGACUGCUGGGCAGCAGCUGGAGGAAGUUUGGACAUGCUGGCAGGGGGUCAUACGAGUGGUUAACCAGCGAACCAAGCUUGCCUCUUCUGGAGACCCAGCUGCAGGACACCCAGCAGGUCAGCUCCACCCAAGCGGAUGUGGAACCUUUCCUGUGUAUCCUGCUUCCCGCCACCAUCCUCCUCUUCCUGGCCUUCCUGCUGCUCUUCCUGUAUCGCCGCUGCCAGGCGCCUUGGGCUCAGGGCCAGGUGUUCAGCAUUGACCUCCCAGAGUCUCCACCUGGAGAGGUGACAGAUCUCCUGCCAGGUCUGCCCUGGGGCAGUGAGCAUGACGUCCCCUACUCCCCACUGCCAGUCUUCCAGACCCAGUGCUCUGCCUGCCUGCCGCCCUCCUACGAAGAAGCCACCAGGAACCCUUCUGGGAAAGAGGUCCUGGACAUAGUGCCUCAGAGUGAAGGGUCACCCUGA